GCGUAUCUCUAGCCAGCAGGAACUAAAAAUAAAAUUAAGUCCACAACCACUUGAAGUGUUGACAUACACUACAUGACCCAUAGCCGUGUAAAACUAGAAGCCAAAAAAAAAAAAAAGGCAAUUUCUGUGUAACUUUCAAAGCGUACUAAAUCAAUCAAAAGCUAUGGCGAAUCAAGAUCCUAAGUUAUAUCCUCCUGGUGAUAUCGUCUUUUUAGAUAGAGGUGAAGGGACCACUGCGUUAAUACACUUACACGGUAAGUUGGACACUCAAACUCAAAGUUUGAACUUUAAAAAAUCAGUCAAAUCACAACAAAGUCAAACCUGAUUCUUAAUCUCAAUCAUGAUAGUCUGAUGUCAUAGUGAAUGUGAUGAAAAUAUUCUAUAGUUCAAUAGCCUCUAUACUCUAGGCCUAAUCGUAAUAAAUAAAAUGGUUUAUACUUAAUGAAUAUAUGAUAUGCUCAAAUAAUCAAAUUAAAUCGUACUAGUUAUUAGAAUAGAUUUUUAACAUGGUUGACUUUGUACGGCGUUUCCAGCCUUUGGGGAUGAAGCGUGUUUUUCAAAUAAACUUUAUUAUUAUUAUUAAUUCCUAAUAUGCCCAUAUAUUUUGGCUUGGAUAGCAAAAGUCCAAAGUCAAAGUAAUAAUAAUAAAAUCCUGGUUCCCAACCCAUGGGUUGCCAUUGCAAACUUGGAGAUGCAGAGGGUUUUCAGCAGGGUGGUGGAUUGCAAUGGUGAACUAAAGAAUAUAGGCCUAAUAGUUAGUAAUACUUUGUAGGCCUUAACCUAUAUCAUGUGUUAGUAAUUUCAAAAUACUGUAUUGCAUACAUUUUUUUACAUGUUUUCUCUUAAUAGGAGUCUUUUAAUUAUUAUUUCUUAUGUAUUGAUUUUUUAAAAAAUAUAUUGGUAUUUCUUGUCAAUUACUUCAUUUAGCUUCUACUUCUACUUCUACAAAAUGGGAUUGCCACUCAAACAAAGUUUGGAAACCUGUAGCCUCAUAGUAAUUAAGCCUAACUUAAUAUUUUUAUUAAUGUUAUUACUAUUACACUGUUUAGUCUAGGGCCUAGGGCUAUAGUAAUACUAAUUUAUAAGCUUCAUGACUUUGACGUAAUACUUAAAUUAGUAAUACUCUACCCUUUAAUGAUCAAAUGGCAAAUGAAUAUCAGUAAAGAGAGCACACAAAGAAUGUUUAUUUCUAUAUUUAGGUGCAACCAUCAUUUCAUGGAAAUGCAAUGGCGUUGAAAAUCUCUAUCUCAGGUAAUAUGUCUAUCUCUGGUAAUAUCUCUAUCUCAGGUAAUAAUGCUUUUGUUAAAACAGAGACACUAUAACAGUGAUGGAUUGCCAACUUUUCUCAUAAUAAUUUUAGGUGUGAUGUGAAAGAUGCUUUGUUAGAUAGCCUAAGUUCCGCAUUCCUCUGCAACAUUAUGUUUACAAUCAUUCUGCAUUGUCUGAAGGGUUUCGUUGUCUGAAUAUCGGUAUCCAUAUUAGUGCUAAGUUUUGAGGAGAGCUUUUCAGAAGAAAAAACAAAAAAACAGAGCACUAAGAAAAGGCAAACAAAUAUGUUGAAACAAUACUACCAAAUAAGAGCUUCACACACGAGUUAGCAACAAAAAUAAAUUUACAGAAGUGAAAUAGUUGGCAGCCCUGUUGUUAUUUGAUCUCUAGUUAAAAUAAAUAAGCAUCAAUUAUUCUUCUCUGUAUUUAUUACAUUAAUUGAUAUUGGAUAGUUACUUCCUAUAUCCAAAAAGUAGUAUUUUCGCUGCAAGUAUUUAAGUUCCUAUUUUCUUUUUCCUAAAAUAGUCAAUCCUCUGUGUUUGAUAACAAAAAGGCCAUUAGAGGAGGUGUUCCUGUUGUAUUCCGUAAGUAUUUCAAAUUUUGCUGUUUGUCAUUGAAAAAGCAAGAUAUAUUUUAAAUUCUAAGUUAAGAGAGCACAGAUAUCUGGUUAAAAAAAUAUAUUUAUUAUUGCUAAUAUUCUUAAUUUGUUUGUACUAAUUAUAGCCAACUUUGGACCAUGGCCCCUUGGACCCCAACAUGGUUUUGCAAGGAUCAAGAGAUGGAGUAUUGCUGUUCCCCCUAGAAAAGUACAGUCAGAGUCGCAUCUUGAUAAAUUUUUCAGAAUCUUUGUCCUUUUUAAAUCCUUUACAUUAACUCUACUUUUGUUCUUGUUUUUCUGGUAAUGCCUUUGAAAGGCUAUUUGAACCACUUCCCAUCAUCAUAUUGGUACAUGGACUCAUUACAAGUGACAACACAUUCUAUUAAAUUUUCAGUCCAAACCCAAAAAAUCAGGGGGAAGAUGAAUGGUGUGGGGAUUAAUUGUGCAGCUGUUGCUAUUUGCUUUGUAUUUCUAACUUAUUUGGGUACCGGUACAUAGUAAAAAUAAAAUGUAUUUUUGAAAGGGAAAAUGAACAAAAUAUGAAAAAUGUUUUUGCCAGAAGUUUACCCAUUUACAUAACCGCUUCUAAAUAAAUGAUAAACCAUGUACAAUUACAUCCAUGCAAAAAAAAAAUACAUAUAAAGGAUUUAUACGAAAAACUUUGUUUUAUAGGUGUUGUUUAAUUGAAUUAUAAGCAAUGUUUUACUUUAUUUACAUUUUAUGUUGUGCUCCCAAAUAAAAAUUGAAAGUAUCACAAAAUAUGCAAUUUAAAAAAGGAUCAAGCAAAAGGGAGUUGAAACAUCCAGUUGUGGGCAUUUCAAUUACCACGUGAAAAGAAAAUAAUAAAAAUUCUAUGGUACCUUCAGUCAAGCAAAUCAAUAGGUAUUUUUGAGGGGUUCUUUUUUUUUUGUUGUCACUUCUUAGUUAAGUAAAGUCUGUCUUGUUAAUUAUUAAGGAUUUUAAUGCUGUUUAUUGCUCUUCAAGUUUUUGUUCUCGGUGGUAGCUAUUUUUUUAUUUCAUACAAUUGUAAAUAAUUGCAAUAUCAAUAUUCUUUGUAAUAACAAUUUCAAAUAUCUUUGUGGCUAGAAAGUAUUAUGGGUGCUAUUUUUAACAGGAAUUUGAUAAAUAUGUUUUUAAAUAGUCACAAUCUUUUUAUAAACUAUGUUAGAUAAACAAUUUAAAAAUAAAAAAACAAGCUUACUAGAAAUAAAAUUCUUUUUUUAUAAUAAUGACAGGACCACAAUGGAGAUGUUAUUGUUCUUUUUACUUUGGAUGCUGAUGAUGAAACCCUUGCCAUGUGGAAUUAUAAGUACGGAUCUAAAGAUUUCUGUUUAAAUUAAUCUUUAAAGUAACAUUUCAUAAUUUGUGCUUAAAAUUAUUUUAGAUGUAAUACAUGAAAAUGAGGUUAUGUGAUGAAGAAAUUGUGGGGAAAAGGCAUUUAAAAUUUUUUAAUUUUUACUUACCAUAUCUAGAUUUAAGUUAGUCUACACGAUUGUUCUGACUCCAACAACACUUAUGUCCACCUUGGUUGUACACAACAAGGGUGAGUAUGAUUUAAAUGCUAAUUCCGUAUAAUGUUUGAUCAGACUGAUAAAAUUUCAUCUAGUUUACCAUCAAGCGAACUGGUUCAUCACACCCUGUCCCUACCAAGUGUACAAAAAAUAUAAUUUAAAAUAUAUUUUUAAUAAUCAGUAAAACAUAUUGACUUUAUUUCAGUCACUCAUUUAUCACAUUCUAAAUCAUACUUUCAUUCUAAUAGUUGUAUCUUUCUAUUGAAGUUUAUUUACUUUUUGAAUUUUACAUUUAGAUACCAAGAGUCUUGGGUUUACAUGUCUUUUACACACUUACUUUAGAGUGGCCAACAUUGAAACUACAGCUAUUGAAGGACUGCAAGGGCUGAUCUUUAGUGACAAGGUAUAACAUUUCUAAGCUAAGCAGUUAUUUAAAGAUUAAUUUGUUUUUCUUAUUUUAGAUUACAACACCAGAAACAACUUUGCCUAUCAAACUUUUCUCAUAAAAAUUUAACAGUUGUCACAAAUCAUUGCUACAAAAGUAAUAAUUAAAUAUGAUCUAUCGAAAUAAAUACAAUAAAAUUAUUAGUUAUGCAAAAAUGUAUAUAUUGGUUGUUCAAACCAUUAGAAUAUCAGUAUCAGUAUACUUUUCUAUUUAAAUGUUUAAAUUUAGCUGAAAGAUGGGAAAGAAGUGAAAGAAACAAGAAAACAAAUAACAGUGGAUAAGAAUUAUGACAGGUAGAGUCAUCUUUUAUUAUUUUAAUUACUUACUUGCUAAUAGGGAACACAAUAAUUGUAAAAUUAAUUAACAUGAUAAUGUUUUUAAAGUUCCUACUAUGCUAUAGUUUUUUCAUCUGUGAAGAUGUAAAAGAUCUGUUGUUUAAAAAGUCCUUUGAAUUUUAGUUUGGGGAUUUUUUAUUUUUAUUAAAUAAAAAUGAUGUAGAGAAAGUUUUAAGUUUUUUCAUUUUCUUUACAAGAGUUUACAAGGAUGCACCAAAGACACUGUUUAUAUCGAGUGGACCUGACCCAGCUCGAAACAUUGAACUGGUGACUUUCAACUUUCCAGACAUAGGUAAGGUAGAUAACGAAGGAAAUUCUUUUCAAAAUCUAUCGGAUCUUUUAUGUUUCCAAAAUAUACAGACCAAAGUAAAAUUACAAAUUUAAUGCAUUAAAACAAAAUUUUAUAAAAAAAAUAAUUUUAAAAACAAUGAAAUAAAAUUGUUCAGCUGUCAUUUCUAAUUAACGAAGAAAAUAGUACCACAUUCACUGAGAUUUUCAAAAAUUAUGCUUUGGUAAAAUAUUAUUUUUUAAAUAUUAUUAGCCUCUUCAACUACAUGCAUAGGAGCCAAAAUGAUCAUAAAGUGAUCGUGGGCCCUUAAGAUAUAGAAGAAGAAGAACUUUAAAGUUAUUAUUGUUUAUACAGUGGUAUGGAAUCCAUGGGAGCAAAAAGCAAAAGAGAUGUCAGACUUUGAUGAUGAUGGUUACAAGGAAAUGAUUUGUGUUGAACCAGGAAAAGUGAUUGUUCCUAUCACUCUAGAAGCUGGGCAACAGUACGAGUGUAAACAAACUUUAAUUUGUAAAUUGUAAUUGUAAUGUCUGGAAGAGUUUCCUUUAAAAAAAACCAUUCCAGUUGCAGUAAUUUCAUCCAUAGUUGCGUUUUAUUCUUUGAUGAAUUAGAGGGGACUUUCAUUUUUUUUAAAGUGCUGUGGUCAUACUUUUAUUUAUUUAAAGUUGUGAUUGUGAUAAAAAAAUGGCUUUAAAAAAUAUUUUUAUUGUUAGGAAACUUUUGUUAUUUAUCAAUGGGAUCUGACAAUGGGCUCAGGUUUUAUUAUUAUGUAUUUAAAAAUACUCUUUCAAAGUUGAAACCUAAGGUGUUCAAAAGUGGUAUUUUUCUCUUUUCAAAUCACUUUUUAAAAGGUUCACUGUACGGGCUCUCACUUGGAAAACAUACAUAAUAAACACACUCACCCUGCCACACAUAAAAAAUAUUGAAAAUAAAACAUUUUUUUGGGGUCACUGCAGCUCAUCACCCCUUUGAGCUAUAAUAAUAAUAAUAAUAAUAAAGUUCAUUUCAAAAACACGCUUCAUCCACAAAGGCUCGAAGCACGGUACAAAGUCAAAAAAAAACAAAUCUAUAAUUUACCACAUUUAAAACAAACACAACACUACAAAAACUAAUUACAAGCAUACAAUGGUAAAGUCUUUCUAGCCAUUUCAACCAUACGCAACACAGCCAUUAUGCAUUAACUGGAAAAUAAGGUUGACAAUCAUCCCAGAAGGUGUUUGCGAAAUAGAUUUCUUUAAAUCGGUUUUAAAGGACUCCAGUGUCUGGUUGUUUUUGAGAUCGAUAGGAAGGGCGUUCCAUGUAAAAUUGUUGUCAAAUUUUAUCAUUUGGCAAAUAUGUUAUAACAAUUUAAAUCUAAUUAUAUAAUUUUGAAAUCCAUAUAUUUCAUUUUAUCUAUGGGUCAAUUAUCAGCUUUUGAUUUUAUGGCUUUCAAGUGUUUAAAUGAAUUAUUCUAAAUAUUUUUCCAACUAAAACAAUGUUUAGCUUAUGUUUUACUAAUACUUUUUUGCUAUUGUUCAAAAUAUAUUGGAUAUGAUAAUAUACUACUUGUUAAAAGAUCUGGUGCUUUUGUUUUGUACAGAUACUUUUUAUGUGUCACAUAUCAUAUAAAUAUAUCUUAAGUAUUAUAAUGUAUACCUAUAAUUCAACACACAUAUUUUAAGAGAAUUUCCAUUUUACAACAAUGUAAACUAGUAAAUUUUAUGUAUCCAAUUAUUUUGAUUACUUCAGCAAUAUUUUUUUUAAAAUAUUCUUAUUUGCACAUUUACAAUUACUGUACUAAUGGUGUGGGUGUGGUAUAAUUAUCAUUAUUUUCAGUCACUAGAAGUUAACCCAUCUUGCAUCUCACUGUAAUUUUGAAGGGAAAAAAAUAGUUUAUUACAAAUGAAACUAUCUCAACCUAACUCACUGUAGUUGAAGUGUUUAUUUAUGGUAAUAUUUAAACUGAUAACGUAAUGGGUCUGCCAUUGUGUGGGUGAGGGGCUCAGCUUUAUCCCUUUUGUCAAAUGAUUAUUUCUGGACCUUUUUGAAGUUUUUGCUGAUUAAAAGAGGCCUACUCUAUUGGGAGUGAAUUAAUUUUAUGUCAUUUUAAUGAUUAAAAAACACCAUUCUCUGUUAAUUAUAAAACAAAAUUAUUUCAUAUACUAAGCUAUUAUAAUGUGUAUUUUAUGGAUGUUUCUAUUCGAUUUACAUGUUCAUCCCGUAAUGUCAAGAGUAUUUCAAAAUAUUUUAAAUGUUGAGUCAAAUCAUAGACACCUAAUAAUCAACUUCAAAGUUUUCCUCUUCAAUUUUAGCUUUAGCAUUUAAUAAAUGUUAUGUAGUUUUGUUUUUGUGUUUUGCGUAUCAUAAAUUUUAGUUUAUUGUUUCUUAUGAAAAUUUAACUGAUAUUUUUUAGGAUAAAUUUAUUAGGCUUCAUAUAAUUUAUUUAGUUCAGGACAUUAAGAAAAAUGGGAUGUUAUCUAGUGCUAUUGUAAUAAAAUUUUUGUUCUAAUGUAUUAAAGUUACAUUAGCUUUCAUGAUGUCAAGUGUUUUGUGAUAACCUUUUUGAGGUAAUCUAGUCAAUUAGGAAUUUUAUCAAGACCAAGUCUAAAAUAGGCCUAUGCAUUUUUAAGAAUCUUAUAAUUUAGAAUAACUUUUGUUGUAAUUUGAAUUAAUUGAUGAUCUGUGAUUGUAAUUUAUUGUUUAUUUGUUCUGCUCACUUAUCUGUUUCAGUCUAAAAACCAAAUGUUUUGUAACAUGAAAUCUUUAGGGUAUUGCUCAAGGAAUUUUUAAAAAUGUACCUUUUAUCUGAUAAAUUUUAAAACAUAUAUUUUGGACAGUACAAAAUAGUUUUACAGAAUCUGUGAUUCCUACAUAUUUUAGGCCUUCAAAACUUGUCCUAUUAUGUCAUCCUGUUCACGCCGCUUGAUGUAAUUAUGUAGACAGGGUGAUGGGUCAUGUUUUCUUAACUUCUGUCAUUCUUAUUCAUUUAAUUAUAUUAAUAUUUUACAGCUGUUUUAGUACAUGUGUAAUUAUCAAUAAAUUUUAAAAAAUAUUUUAGAGAAAAGACUUUAA